AUGAAGACGGCUCUUCUCUGGUCGGCCCUGGCAGCCGCCCAGAUUAAUAACGAAGUGACCGUCGAGCUCGGGCAAAAUGCAACUCUUCGAUGUUCACACGACCAAGCGAUUGAGCAGACAGUUUAUGUCGAUUUCAAAGCAUUAGAUGGUGUACGAGAGCAUACCGUGCUAGAAUUUGAUAAAAGCGCUGCUGGACAGAUUGAAAUUAAAUAUCAUCCAGACAAUAGAUGGAUCAUCGAUGGUAGGACCGUCAAACUCUUCAACGCCUCCCUCGACGACGAAGGAACCUAUACAUGUACAAUCAGACCAACAGGCUCCAACAAAAUCGUUAUCAUUAAUCCUCUCGUUGUGAAUACAAAGCCAACAGAACCUGAAAUUACCAAUGAAGUUCCUCAAUCCAGGCCGCUUAUUGACGUCUACGAUGAUGAAACCGCAGACAAAGAUGGUCUCGCCAGCGUGGCAACUUGUAAGGUCGACGGAGCCAAACCUCCUGCCAAAGUCACCUGGCACUUUGAAAAUCAAGACAACGAAGUUGGCGAUGUGAUUCCAAGCUCGCAACAAGUCGGUUACAAAGAAAGACAAACCCAGACGUCGAGUACUCUUCAAAUUGUCCCAGUAAAAUCGUACGAUAAACAGUCUGCAGUCUGCCGAGUCACCUGGAAUGGCUCCGUUCUUUAUACUAAAAGUUUCACUAUUGAUGUCCAAUACAAACCUCACACUCCUAUCAUUCGCCCUAACAAAGCUCAGCAGAAAGCUACUUGCACAGCAGAAGGAAACCCUGAACCAGAUAUCGUUUGGACUCUCCCAGAUGGCACUACUGACAGCAAUCCUACUGUGCUCAUGCAGGAGAUCGGAAAUCCCAAUGCAACGUAUGUUUGUAUGGCUCAAAACACACAUGGAAAGUCAAUCCUGGAAACGACCAACUGGGAUCUUGACCAGUUUGUUGGGCCUGUUUCUACUGGAAACAUUGGACUCAUUGUUGGCGUCGUUGCUGGAGCGAUCGCAAUUAUCUGCCUGGCUGGCUAUUUGAUCUACAGAUUCUGUCUUGAUCCGACGAUGACGGAGAAGCAGGCCGAGUACGAUUAUCAUGGUGGUCAGCGUGAUCACUACGUUGGCGGAUCCCAAACUGGACUCAACAGUGCUCCUCAGCGUAAAACACCCGAUUACGAGCCGGAAUACGACACUGACGAUGAGCCCGGACAGAUUGUCUCGCAAACCUCCUCGCGCUACCAUCAGACAAGAAGGUCAAAUUCAAACAUUCGAGCGACUCCUCAGCGCAAUGUACAGUACGACGGCGCUCAGGCUGAUGUCGACCUUGUAGAUAACGCCAAAGAUAGAUAUGAGCACGACUACAAUCCAUCUUAUUACACGAGAAAUACCGUUCCUUACAAGGACACCUACAUGUCAAUGGACAACUACGACGGGAGCGACUCCCAGAUGGUCUGA